UCAAGACAAAAAGGAGCCGCCUAUAUGAAGAUGCUGAUGUGUGACCGCGGCGUCCAGAUGCUCGUGACGACGGUGGGCGCGUUCGCCGCCUUCAGCCUCAUGACCAUCGCCGUCGGUACCGACUACUGGCUGUACUCGCGCGGGGUCUGCCGCGUGAAGAGCAGCGGCGACAACGACACGAGCCGCAAGAACGAGGAGGUGAUGACGCACUCCGGCCUCUGGCGAACCUGCUGUCUGGAAGGAACGUUCAGAGGUGUGUGUAAGAAGAUUGAUCACUUCCCAGAGGACGCUGACUAUGAAGCAGAUGCUGCUGAAUACCUUCUCCGUGCUGUGCGUGCCUCCAGUAUCUUCCCCAUCAUGAGUGUGGGUCUGCUGUUCCUGGGGGGGCUUUGUGUGGCCGCCAGUGAGUUUUACCGGAGUCGACACAACGUCAUCCUCAGUGCAGGAAUCUUCUUCGUCUCUGCAGGGCUCAGCAACAUCAUAGGAAUUAUUGUCUAUAUCUCAGCCAACUCGGGAGACCCGGGCCAGAGCGACAGCAAAAAGUCCUACUCCUACGGCUGGUCCUUCUACUUUGGCGCCCUCUCCUUCAUCAUGGCAGAAAUGGUGGGCGUGCUGGCCGUGCACAUGUUCAUCGAGAAGCACCGCAAGCUACGGGCCAAGUCCCGCACCGAGCUCAUCAAAAAGUCCGCCUUCAGCCGUAUCCCCUCCUAUCGCUACCGCUUCCGGCGUCGCUCCAGCGUGCGCUCUUCCGAGGCCCCCAGCCGUGACGCCUCACCACUGGGGAAGGGCGGCUACACAGGGCCUGCCGCCUCCGAGAUGCCCAUGUACACGCUUAACCCACGCGAGGCAGGCAACGCCGGCACCAAGCCUGGCAGUGGAAUGGGUGGGCUGCUCAACUCAGAGAGGGAUUUCCUCCAGAGCAGCACACUCACUAAAGACUACAGCAAGGACCCCAACCGCAGGACCACGCCCGUCUGAGAGGUGCCGGAUGCAGAUAUCGCCCAAUCAGAGUAUCAAUGAGAAGGAAGAUGAGAAAUACAGGGGGAGUGCGAGCAGCAGCAGGGGACACACAGGGUUACGGGGUGGGAAAGGGGUUUGAUAAACUUUGACUGUGAACUGUGAACUUUUAGCCUUUGAACUGUGAAUCCUGAGCCCUGUGAGAGUUUCAGUGUGUGUAGCAGGGUCAGUUUUGAUGGAGAAGUUGUUCCCAACUCCACUUUACCACAUAUCACUGUAGUGAUCCUUACAUAUGAAGGCACAUUCAAUUUAUGUUCAUGAGACUUAUGUUCAUAAAUUGACUUUCUGGCUUUUUUGAGGGGAAACUGGAUUGACCGGAGUUUAAAAGCAUAUCGUAAGUGGUUUGCUGUUUGGGGCAACUUCUCCUAAAAAAUUUGAAUAAUGGAGAAGGGGAAAGAGGUGAGAGACUCUGCGUGAUCUUUGACCUUUUGACCUCCGUCCUCCUGACCUUUUGGAUAGCAGCAGAGUUGGAUUAGUACAGGGAACAGCCGUAGAGCUGUGAGCUGUGUCUGAUUAUGAUACUAUUUAACUACUAUUUAAGAGUUAACACCUCAGGAUAGGGACUGAUUCAUUUUCAGUUCAGCCGGAUUUGAAAUAUAAACUGGAGAUGCAGUUUGUCCACUUUCAUGGCAUCACAUUUGUAGCACUAGUUAUUACUUUCUUACAUAUUGUAUAUAUCCUCCUUUCAAAUUGAUUAAUUGAUUUAACCAUGGAAAAGCUCACAUCAUUACUGACUGAACUGAAACUGAAUUGAGCUCAUUCCUGGUAAACUUUGCCCCCACCUCUCUGAUCCCUGGUCAGUUGUUAAACCUGCAUAGUGGUUUUUGAUAAAGGGAAAGGGUUACACUGACUACAGAUGAGCUGUUCGGAGGGAAAAGGUGUGACUCAACAAAACUGAUGAAUCUCUUUUAGACGGUAACGUUAGAUCAUUGGUGCUUCCUUUGACCCGUUUUCUGCCACAGUCGUCUCUUGAUUUAUUUUUUCACCUAAAACCUAAAGAGAUGAUCAAAUAUUUGUCCGUCUGUCCGCCUUCACUCAUCACCUUUCACAUCCCACAUUUUUCUGUGUAGCCCCAUAAGUCACCUCACUGCCACCCUCCGCGCACCUUGCACCCUCUCUUUCUCUUUUAGGUCCUGUCUUCCGUUGGUGUCACUCGUAGACUAGUUAGGUUUUCCGGAGGUUGUUGGUUCAGGGUGCUGUGAAGAGAAGACCGCUGAGCUGUGAAUAUGCUUUAAGGCAGAGCCAAAAAGACAUUAAACAAACAGAUGGACUUUUUUUUUGUUUGCCCACUACCUCUCGGUGAAUAUCUUUUCAGAUGAAUUUAAUCUAAAGUUGUCUUUUCUUGCCAGAACAAUCGUCAAAAUUUUGGCUGCAGAAAAUGCUCACUUCAGUCUAAAGUACACAUCUUUCUUCUCUAGCGGAGGAUGUGUUGAAAAUGAAUUGGAAGAUAAAUAGAUUGAAUUGGAGGAAAUACCAUCCAUUAUUCAGAGGAUUUGUUCUCCAUCCAUUCAGCUGUCACUCACAGCCUCUCCUCCUCUUAACCAUGUGCACAUACUGUAUACAUCUGCGCAAAUACACACACAAGCGUAUACACGUUUUAGCAUGUUAGCAUACAUUGGAGAAAUGUGAGCUUCGAUUUGGUCGAGGUUAUAUGUAUUGGCACCAUUUUGUAUUAACAGCCAGGUGUUGGCUGAGCAUUUAAGUUCUUACCGCUACACAUGAACAUGAGAUGUGCAUGAUUUAUUGUGGUUAGACUCUUCUACCUCAGUAAAGAAAGGCGGAAAACGAGGAUGGCGGAUGGCGAGGAGGCGGAAAACGAGCAAAUGAGGCUGGAUCAGUGUCAUUGUUAGACUUCAAUAGCUUGCUCUCUUUAGAAAGAUGUGGAGUGUUAAUAAAUGGCGUUCAGGUGAUGUUUCUGAGGUCUUAGGCGCCAUUGGCUGUUGGAUAACACACAAAAAAUAUAAUAAUGCAGUCUAAAUGAAUAGACAGGUUAAAUACUGUAUCUGUUUUUGACUGGGAAUGGAUCACUUCCCCAUUGAAACAUACUGCAACCUAUCAGACAUUAUUUUUGCUUUUUGUUUCUGGUUAUACCAUGUGCAUGUAGCUAUUAUUUGCUGAUAUUUAUUAUUAGUUCUCCACUGGAUCUCCCCACAAUUGGUGAUCUAUCGCUACCUCUGUCCAAUGUAAAUGUUGGCAAGGAGUUAAGCUUUUGCAACACUUUAUUGUGUUAGCUGUGUCAUCUGAGUUCAGGGGAUCGCAUUAAGCCAUUUAUCACUUCAGUGGACAACACCUGAUCGCCCACACACACAUGCAAACACACAUAUAGAAGGGGAGGGGUUGUGACAGAGUGAGAAGGAGGCAGAAUAGCCAUAAAACCAAGAGGAAGGGAAAGCUGUAGAGAGAGAGCAUGAGAAGCUAGUCUAAAUAUUAACAGCAUUUUUCUUAAACUGUGACUGAAA